CUAUCUCUAUCUCUCUUCUUUCAGCUCCAUUUUUCUCUCACACACACUCACACAUAAUCAAUCAUCUUCGUCCAUUCCUCUAUUUAUACUUGCAUAAGCUUAAGCAUCUGAUUUAUCACACCUCUAACAAUUAUUAUACAUAGAGAGAGAGAGAGAGUGUGUGUGUGUGUUUUGUUCUAAUCAAUCAAUCCUUAAAGUCAGCAAAAAAACUUGUUCAAACUUCAUGGAUGUUUCAGCUGAGCAAUUAUGCUAUGUCCCUUGCAAUUGCUGCAAUAUUGUGCUUGCGGUGAGUGUCCCAUGCAGCAGCCUGUUUGACAUAGUAACCGUCCGAUGCGGGCACUGCACUAAUGUGUGGUCCGUUAACAUGGCAGCUGCAUUUCAGGCUUCGAACGUGGUUGUUGCUUCAGCCCCGGACUACAGGAAGAUGGACUUUCAGGUGGGAAGUUCUUCUUCGAAAGGAGGCAAUAAUAGAUCAUUGCGUCCCCAAGUCAAGACCAAUACAAAAAUUGAUCACAAGCCUCUUAUCAACCAUCCUCCCGAGAAAAGACAACGAGUUCCUUCUGCGUAUAACCAGUUCAUAAAGGAAGAAAUCCAAAGGAUAAAAGCUAAUAAUCCAGAUAUCAAUCACAGGGAGGCAUUCAGUACUGCUGCCAAAAAUUGGGCACAUUUCCCUCGCAUUCAUUUUGGACUAAUGUUGGAGAAUAACAACAAUCAAGCCAAACUGGAUCAGGAUAUUGCCGCAAAACGCAUAGCACAAAGGGCUGCCCUGAUGAAUAAUUAAGUAAACGAGAUCGAUCAAUGCAAGGGUGCGUCGUGAUUUAUUUAUUACUUUGAUUUACACUAUUAUAUGUUGUAAAAGAAGCGCUCUAGCUACAUUAUUAUUAUUAUUAUUAAUAACGUGGAUCAUAAAUGAUAAUGUACUACUAUAUGUAUUUGUAUUACAUUCAAGCUUGAGUGUACUUGCUUAAGUGAUAUUAUGAUUUCAUAGUAUGUGGUUUAUAAUUUCAAGUGUUCUUUA